AAAUCUCAUAAACCCUUCAAACUAUAUAAAACCUGCACUUUCCAUAUCAAUCUCAUUCAACAAAAUCAUUCGAAACAUUCCAACGAUCAAUUUCGAAGAACAUUAAUCCCCUCAAACCGAAAAAAAAAAUGUUCAAGAGAUCAUUGAUGUCAUUGUUCAUCACGACGAUCCUACUAGGAGCAUUGCACACAGCAAAAGCUGUGGCUCCUAGUGAAGAACCCAUCAUCGAAUUAUACAUGCACGACAUUCUAGGAGGGAGUAGCCCAACAGCUCGGCCAAUAACCGGUCUUCUCGGUAAUAUUUACAGUGGGCAAGUUCCCUUUGCUAGGCCACUUGGGUUUGUUGCCCCGAAAAAUGGGGUGGCUAUUCCUAACAGUGAUGGGUCUAUUCCGACUCUUGGCCUUAAUGGCGUCCCGUUAGGAACAGGGUUAGCCGGAACAUCCUUUGCAGGAAAGAACAACAACAAUCAGAACCUCAACACAGCACAACUUUUGCCCGACGGUUUGGGCCUUGGAUUCGGAACUAUUACUGUUAUUGAUGAUAUUCUAACGACUUCUCCUGACUUGGGUUCACAGACAGUCGGAAAGGCUCAGGGUGUUUACGUUUCAAGUUCAGCUGCAGGUGCGACGCAGAUGAUGGCGUUUACUGCUAUGCUUGAGGGCGGGGAAUAUGGGGACAGCAUCAAUUUCUACGGUAUAUACAAGAUUGGAAGUGCUAUGUCGAUGUUGUCGGUCACAGGUGGCACCGGAAAGUUUAAGAAUGCUUGUGGGUUUGCUGAGAUUCGGCCAUUGAUACCAACCGGACAGCAUCUUACAGACGGGGCAUUGAUGAGGAUUAUUGUUCAUCUCAAGUACUAAGAAAAACGGGUUUAUUUGUGCUUGAUUAUGUUUGUGUUCUGAUCUCUAAUUUUUUCUAAGGGUAAAAACAAAAGCCAAAGAAAUUGUGUAAUUUAUUGUGUACUUAUGUAACAUCAUACAUCUAUCAAAUUUUCAAGUACCGAUUAUAUUAGUA